AUGCCUCGUUACGACUCGCUGCUUUUGUGGAUUUUCCUCAAUGACAGUUCCAGCUUAUCAUCACAACAGCACAGGGAAAAAAAGAAGAUACUGGGAUUUGUCCAGAGCCGACAUUUCCGAACCAGACAGUCCCCACUGACCGAGGCUCUAGUGUUAGGAACCAGACAGUCCCCACUGACCGAGGCUCUAGUGUUAGGAACCAGACAGUCCCCACUGACCGAGGCUCUGGUGUUAGGAACCAGACAGUCCCCACUGACCGAGGCUCUGGUGUUAGGAACCAGACAGUCCCCACUGACCGAGGCUCUGGUGUUAGGAACCAGACAGUCCCCACUGACCGAGGCUCUGGUGUUAGGAACCAGACAGUCCCCACUGAGCGAGGCUCUGGUGUUAGGAACCAGACAGCCCCCACUGACCGAGGCUCUGGUGUUAGGAACCAGACAGCCCCCACUGACCGAGGCUCUGGUGUUAGGAACCAGACAGUCCCCACUGACCGAGGCUCUGGUGUUAGGAACCAGACAGUCCCCACUGACCGAGGCUCUGGUGUUAGGAACCAGACAGUCCCCACUGACCGAGGCUCUGGUGUUAGGAACCAGACAGUCCCCACUGACCGAGGCUCUGGUGUUAGGAACCAGACAGUCCCCACUGACCGAGGCUCUGGUGUUAGGAACCAGACAGCCCCCACUGACCGAGGCUCUGGUGUUAGGAACCAGACAGCCCCCACUGACCGAGGCUCUGGUGUUAGGAACCAGACAGUCCCCACUGACCGAGGCUCUGGUACAGUCCCCACUGACCGAGGCUCUGGUGUUAGGAACCAGACAGUCCCCACUGACCGAGGCUCUGGUGUUAGGAACCAGACAGUCCCCACUGACCGAGGCUCUGGUGUUAGGAACCAGACAGUCCCCACUGACCGAGGCUCUGGUGUUAGGAACCAGACAGUCCCCACUGACCGAGGCUCUGGACUUAGGAACCAGACAGUCCCCACUGACCGAGGCUCUGAACUGA